AUGAGCAGCAGCCUCGUCGCCGCCCUCGACCGCUUCGUGACGACCCCGGCGUACCACGACAUCCUCGCCAUCCUCAAGGGCGCGCGCAAUGGCCUCGUGUACGGUGCCAAGGUGCGGGCACCGCAUGCGCUCGUCAUGACCAUGGUCUUCCACUCGGGGAGCCUGAAGCAGCGCUUGCUGUACGUGUACCGAGCGACCAAGCAGCAUUCCCUCAACCUCGCCCGCUUCGUCACCAUCUACAAAACCGCCCUUCUCCUCCAAAAGACGCUCGCUGGCGGCAAGGAGCGCCAGUUCGACACGUUCUUCGCAGGAUUGAUCGGCGGUUGGGCUGUCUUUGGCGAGAGGAACGCCGUCAACGAGCAGAUCGUCCUCUACGUGGUCUCCCGAGUCAUCACCUCCCUCCUGCCGCGCGCAACGCCCUCUGUCCCCGCCGCCAAAGCCGCAACAACCCCCAAGACUGCGCCAGACGGCUUCCCCCUCCCUCCCGGCUACCCCUACCCCAAGUCGCGCCCGCCCCAUCCCAAGGUCUUUGAGUUGUACGCGGCGGUGGCAUGGGGGAUGGUCAUGUACCUGUUCAGGGCGAGGCGCGACAGGUUGCACGGCGGGAUGGUCAAUAGCAUGCAGUACCUCUACCUCGACUCGGAGGUGUGGACAGGACUCAAGACGCUCCUUUGGCACAACCGAUAG